UUUUUCUUGUUUCCCACAGAAACUACACUGCAAAUUCCUAGAGAGAGAAAAAUCGCACCAGCUAAGAGAGAAAGUGCGAGAAAAUUCUGGCCUUUAUUUUUCUCGUCUCCCAAACGCGGAGUUUUCUUCCUCCUCUUUUUCUCUUAUUAAUCCUUUCUCGCUUGUUCUUCUCUUGUGACCCUUCAAACCCAUGAUUUAGAUUUUCCGUUUGACCUUUUUUGGUGUAUUUUCUACGUUUCAUCGAUUCUUUUCUCAUCUGGGCAAAAGACAGCUGAUUCUCCGAGAAAAUCCACCGGAUUUCCUCUUAUCCUCCUCCUGAUUGUCCAUGGCGAGCGCCGCAAUUUUCUCAUCCCUGAAGCGGAGGAGAUCGCCGUCUCUGGAGGCGUUCCUCGCUCCGGUCAACCUCUCCGGCGUCGCUCUCGUCCAAACCCUGGCACUGAUUUCGUCGGAGGUUGUCUCGUGCUUCGGCGGCGUACACUUCUUCUCCCAACGUAGGAACGCUCGUUCACUGAUUCGUAAGAUCGAAGUCUUCGUCGUCCUGUUCGAUUAUCUGUCCGAAUCGGGUCUUGGUCGGGUUCUAUCUCACACGGCGGAGCUAUGUCUGAAGGAGCUCUACCUUCUUCUUUACCGCUCCAAAAUCCUCCUUGACUACUGCUCUCAAUCGAGUAAGCUAUGGCUAUUGCUGCAAAACCCAUCGAUUUCAGGGUAUUUUCAUGAUCUGGGUCAAGAGAUUUCGACUCUUUUGGAUGUUUUCCCCGUUAACGAUCUCGGUUUGAGCGAUGACAUUAGAGAGCAGAUCGAGCUCUUGCAGAAGCAAUCGAGGAACACGAAACUGUGUGUUGAUGGAAACGACGAAGCACUUAGGUAUAGGUUUUACUCCAUUCUCGACGAAUUCGAGAACGGUCGAAUGCCCAAUUCGUCGGAACUGAGAUCGUUCUUCGUAGAGAAACUGGGAAUUGUGGAUUCGAAGAGUUGCAGAGUUGAAAUCGAAUUUCUGGAAGAACAGAUUGCGAAUCAUGACGGCGAUGUUGAGCCUGCGGGAUCGGUGAUUAACGGGUUCGUGGCGAUCACACGUUACUGCAGGUUUUUGCUGUUUGGAUUGGAUGAAGAAGGAUCGGAGUGGAAAAUCGAGAAUCCGAAAAAACCCAGAAAAGGUUUCAUCGUACAGGAGAUUGGGGACACUUUUGUCACGAUUCCAAAGGAUUUUGUCUGCCCUAUCUCUCUUGAUUUGAUGAAGGAUCCUGUAAUUGUUUCGACAGGACAAACCUAUGAUCGAAGCUCCAUUGUUAGGUGGAUUGAAGAAGGACACUGUUCUUGUCCGAAAACCGGGCAAAUGCUCAUGGACUCAUGUAUCAUCCCUAAUCGAGCUCUCAAGAACUUGAUACUGCAAUGGUGUUCGGCCAGUGGCAUAUAUUACGAAUCGGAGAUCACAGAGUCGCCGAACGAGCAUUUUGUCUCGGUUCUUCCCACGAAAGCUGCGAUGGAAGCUAACAAAGCCACUGUAUCGAUCCUAAUCAAGAAUCUGGCAAAUGGAUCGGAAUCCGCUCAGAGAGUAGUUGCUCGGGAAAUACGCCUUCUGGCCAAAACCGGAAAGGAAAACCGUGCGUAUAUUGCAGAGGUUGGGGCAAUUCCGCACUUGUGCAAGCUUCUCAAAUCCAGAAACCCUAUCGUGCAAGAGAAUUCUGUGACAGCGAUGCUGAAUCUAUCCAUCUACGAGAAGAACAAGACUCGGAUCAUGGAGGAAGAGAGCUGUUUAGAGUCGAUAGUCAGCGUUCUCAUCUCAGGUCUGACCACAGAAGCACGGGAAAACGCUGCAGCCACAUUGUUCAGCCUUUCUGCAAUACACAAUUACAAGAAACAGAUAGCGGGUACCGAAGGCUGCGUCCGGGCUUUAGCCUCGCUGCUUCAAAACGGGACACCGAGAGGAAAGAAAGACGCGGUAACGGCAAUGUAUAACUUAUCGACCCAUCUGGAAAACUGCGGAAAUAUGAUUGAAUAUGGAGGGGUAUUAGCCCUAGUGGGGGCAUUGGAGGAAGAGGGAGUUGCAGAGGAAGCAGCAGGAGCUUUGGCUUUAAUGGUGAGGCAACCGUUAGGGGCAGAGGCCAUAGGAAAGGAAGAAUCCGCUGUCUCGAGGCUCGUGGCCGUAAUGAGAUGUGGAACGGCUCGGGGGAAAGAGAAUGCAGUGGCUGCAUUGCUCGGACUCUGCAGGAGCGGUGGUUCUGCGAUGGCAGAGAAGGUUGUGAGGGUUCCAUCUCUCUCGGGUUUGAUCCAAAUGAUUCUAUUCACGGGCACGAAGCGAGCCCGGCGGAAAGCCGCCUCCUUGGCUCGGGUUUUCCAUAGGUGCGAAAACGCAGCUCUGUUAUCGGGAGGAUACGGUAUCGCAGGUAAUGGUAACAGAGAAGGUGGCUUUGCAACUGAUGUAUCAGUUCAAAUGUCCAUAUCCGUACCGGUUUUAUAAUUUUUUUUUUUUUUUUUGGUUUGGUGAUGUCAAUAUAGUUACAUUCAUUCGUUGGGGCAUUUAUGUAUAUACACACAAAAGGCUUAGAGAGAAGAAUGUUUAUGUAUAAAUAUGAUGUAAUUAAGUGAAGAGGUCCAUUUCUAUGCAUUGUAUUUUAUGAGUAUAAUAAAAAUAUAUUAGUUGUAUCA